UAACAUACCCGGCGUCGUCAGCCAUAGCCCCUGCCAAAGGCGGAUCCAUGCCGCGUUCAACCCUUUGAAUUUUCUCAUGGUGGAUCACCUUCUCGGCUACGUCGCCUGAACCGAUCCCUAACACACGAUCCUGCGCCGAGAUCCAAAGAUCGAGACAGCGAGCCGCAACAUCACAGCCCACCAUGCGGCGUUGGGCCUACGCUUUAGCCCUGCUGGUGCUAUCCGUAUGGACAGCAAAAGCGUUAGAAGUUGCAUUGGACGAUACAGAGGACAACCGGCAAAGAUGUUAUGGCAUGUAUAGCAAGAGCUCCUGGGGCGGGCCCGUCGACCCCUUUAUCCUCGUCAAGUUCACCGACGUCGGCAAGGAUCAGGGAGACGACCCCGUCGUGAGCCUCCUCAUAUUCGACUGGAUGGACGAGGACUACAUCGGCGUUGUGCCUGAGGGGAGGACCACGAAAGUCGGCGUGUGCGAGCAGACGUGGGUCGACGCCGGGCUCUGCGACCAGGCCGACAUUGGCAAAUUCAUCCUGGCACCGAACGCUACCGAGGAGUCGGUAAACCUCAUCUUGACCAAGGCCGUUCACCUGAAAGACUCGGCCCCGGUCAAGUAUUCUAUCAACAAGACUGGGUACUUUUGCGUCGUCACAGAUAAGUUCACCGCAACUAAGUACCAGGCCGUCGUCGAGUUUCGAAACGCCUAUGGCGAGCUUUCGGCCGCCCAGAUCCCGAAGCUGCCGUUUUAUGGAGGGAUAACCAUUGCCUACGCUUUGCUGCUGGUGUUCUGGGGCUUCCUCUAUUUCCAGUAUCGAUCCGACAUCUUGCCUGUGCAGAACUACAUAACGGCAAUCCUCAUUGUUCUGUUGAUUGAGAUGGUGAUGACCUGGGGCUACUACGACCACCUCAACCGGAACGGUUCAACCAUUGGCUCCAAGGUUUUGCUCGUGGUGGUUGCCACACUCAACGCAGCGCGCAACUCAUUCUCCUUCUUCCUGCUCCUGAUCGUCUGCAUGGGCUACGGCGUGGUCAAGCCCACGCUCGGCCGCACCAUGAUCUACGUCCGGUGGCUCGCCAUCGCCCACUUUGUGUUUGGCAUCGCCUACGCCAUCACCAAUUUUGUCAUCACCCCUGAAAACGCGAGCAUCCUCGUCCUCCUCGUUGUCCUACCCCUGGCGGCAACACUAACCGCGUUCUACGUCUGGACCCUCAACUCGCUGAACUUCACGCUCAAGGACCUGCGCGAGCGCAAGCAGCACGUCAAGGAGGCCAUGUACCGCCGGCUGUGGUGGUGCAUCCUGCUCUCCAUCCUCGUCAUCUUUGGCUUCUUCGUCUUCAACUCGUUCUCGUUCGCCUCGGCCCGCGACCCGGACUACGUGCCCUUCCACUGGAAGACGCGCUGGUUCCUGUUUGACGGCUGGCCCAACGUCGUUUAUUUUGCCGACGUGGCCUUUAUUGCCUACGUGUGGCGCCCGACGCCCAACAACCGCCGCUUCGCCAUGAGUGACGAGAUCGCCCAGGAGGACGACGGCACGUUUGAGAUUGCUAAUUUGGAUAUUGGGAACCCGGAUGAGUCGGAUGAUGAUGAUGGUCAUGGUGAUGAAGAGGCGAGGGUGGAAACUGCAAAGGCGCAGCAGCAACAGAAUCAGAGCCAGAACCAGGCUGGCCUCGCCGCGCCCCCGCACGCGGCGCAGUCUGCCGGUCAGGCUUCCUCUUCUUCUUCUGCUGCUUCUGCUGCUGCUGCUGCGUCAAGAAGGAAAACUAGCCCGCCGCUGCCGAGGGAGUCGCUGGAUGGCGAGACCAUCUUCGCCGUGGGCGAGGACGGGGAAGACAAGUUCUCAGACGAUGACGAGAGCGGGGAGGAAUCUGGACUUGUACGGGGCAAGAAAUAGACUUUGCGGCGGGCUGGAAGGAAAGGGAUUCAUUAUCUACGCGGUAUGAUUUGUUUGUCGAGGGGCUAAGUACGGGCUUUCAAAAGGCGCCGAUUGCUUCCUUGCCGGCUGUAGAUUUGUUGGUUGUUGUUGCAUGUACUACUUACCAUAUUCGGUAAAGGACGGCGUCUUUGGAUGGGAUCUGAUAUCAAUUCGCUCUGGCUUCUCGGUUCAAGGUUUUGGUCGCUGCUGUCCUGAUAUCGGUGAUGCUGCAUUUGAUCAUGUUGAUGUCCGACGUACACUGCUGUAUAGAGUAGAGACAAGUGGUUCAUUGCACAACGGUAUUCUAUACAAGGCGCACCAUAUACGCAAUCA